AUGUUACAGGAAACGAUAGAGACAGAUAUAGAAGAAAAGACCAAUGAAAGCAUUGAGACUAUUGGGAAGACUACAGAAAAUGAGGACGACGAGAUCAAGGUUCACACGGAAUUAGCGAUAAAGCACUUACGCGUAACACCAGCAACAAGAGUCGAACAACAAGAAGAACUCCUUCAAUUUAUCGCCCGUAAAGAACGCCGAAUUCUCGAACUCAAGGAAGAGCUUGCUCGUCAAGAAGAAGAAUUAAACCUUCUAAAGGAGCAAUGGGAAACUAUAACGCUGGAAGAGAAUGAUAUCGAGAAUAAAGCUUCUUCUGAUAUCGAUGAUAUGUUCUCGCUUGGAGACGAUAUUGGCAGAGGGAGAAGGGCCAUUGCGUUCGGUUUAGGAAACGGAGUCGGAAAUGGGUUCAAGGGGAUAUUUGGAGGCAGUGCCGAGACAGAAAGGGGACGCGAAACGUUAUCUAAUAUACGCUCGGUUGUCAUAGAAGUAAAGGACUCUGAGCGAUUCAAGCAGACACGACAAAAGACAUAUGAUCUUACCGCUAAAGCAUGGGGAAAUUUGAGUAAAGGGAUCUCUAAUCUAGCCCAUUCUGAGGCGCUUCGAAAUGCGCGCCGUAAAACAUAUGAGACCGUGCACACGUUCAAUGAUAAACUUGCAUCACCAACCACUCGGCCAACAACAAAUGCAACGAAUAGUGCUGCUGCUGCUAGUCUUCGCAAAAUUUCCGAGCAUUCUAUUUCAAAGACUCUGCCGGACGUUACCCACGAAGAUGAUUAUAAGGAAGAUGAUUAUAAGGAAGGCGAGACAAAAUACAGUAUUGUUGUUGCAGAGUCACCGAUCGAUGAUCCUAAUAGUAGUAUCGGUCAGGAGUUUAUUAUCGGUGAAGAUUAA